AAACCUUGAUCUUUCUCUCCCUCUCGGCCAAGACUCAGCCGCGCGGCUCCGGUGUUUACACGCACAAAGGCAGCAAAGCGAAGGGGAACCGGAGAGGUCAUCUAGAAGGGGCCCUUAUCCCCCCCGGAAAGGAUUACUACACUGUCAUCUUCUGAGGAAGCUGUGGUGGAAGAGCCUAGAAAGAUAGUUUUAGUGUUCAGAAGGUGGAAGAAGCAACAAGGGGAUCAACUAUUCUGGAUCUGAUCCUAACCAACACUGAGAACCUGGUAAAUGGAGUGGAAGUGGUGGAAUCCUUAGGUGGGAGCGGCCAUGUGAUACAGAGACAGAAGGCUUCCCAAUGGCACCAUCUGGGAUACAUUUAAAGAAGGAGUUCCUGUUGAGUACUACCCAAUGUCAUCUGCACUAGUGAAUGUUCCCGGGGAGCUCAGGAAACUCCUGGAGGCCCUCAGCCCAAAUCUUGAUGAUGAUUCUAAGAGGACAACACUUCAUAACAUCACUCAGUACAUCUAUCUGAAAGAAUCAGAGGCCAAUAUCUGUACCAACGAUGAUAUAAAACUGGUAGCAUCAUUCCUGGAUGAUGACAAUAAAGUCAUCAAAACAGAGGCACUGAAUGCCCUCAAAGCUUUCACUAUAAUUUGGAGGUUUAAAAUCAAAAUCCAGGAAUAUGUCCCCAAAGUUGCUGAGUUGGUAACAAAUACUUGGGACACCAAUCUGCAAGUAGCAGGGUUGAGGCUACUGAAUGGACUGCAUAUACCAGACAACACUCACCCAUUGAUGAGAAGACUGCUAUCAAAUUUCAUGGAUAUUCUGCUUAUGGCAAACACUUUGGCCAAGGUGCAAGUUCUCAAGUUUCUUAGCACAUUAGCCCAGGAAGAAGACCUUUUGUACGACAUCAUGAAUAGUCAGGCACCCCCUGAAUUCCUGAGCCUUUUCCAGCCUUCUUUACCUGGGAACCUACUUUGCGAGUUGUUAAUAUUUGUGGAGCGGCUUAGUGCUGGGCGCCUGUCCCCGCAGUACCAGUCAGUACAGUGGCAGUACAAUGACAACUCUCUCCAUGAAGUCAUCUUUGGGGACAACUCUCGCCUCUCUGACCGGUUACUGGCUCUCAUAAUUCAUCCGGAGGAAGAGGUACAGACUGAAGCCUGCAAAGUCAUCCUCAGCCUCCGACUCAACAAGGAAGAGAGCCGGGUUCUCAGUGGACCUCCCUUUGGGGCCAACAUCAGUGUUGGCCCCUUGGAAUCGACAGGAAUUAGCCAGGCCAACACCUCCAGCCUCAGCAACCACCCACUUAAUUCCAGAGCUUCCCACCCCUCUGAUACUGUGGGGAAUGAUGGCACCCACGAUGAGAGUGACCUCAGCUUUUACCCCCUUCAAACCUUGGAUGACACUGGCCACAGUUUCCACCCCAUGGACAGCGGACGGAUCGUUGAGGACAACUCCAGGAGCAACCUUCACCCAGUUGAUUGUUUGGACAAUGACAGUAGCAGCAUUUAAGAACUCAAUUUAUAGAGGGGGAAAGAAACUAAUAAAGAAAUUGGAAAAGAGAUGACAGAA